AUGAGCCCGCAAUUCUGGCAGAGGAGAUGCCCUGUGGUGACCCUGCCUGUUGAAUACAAUGAACAAGGCAUAGUUGACAACCUUACUGAAAAUAAUGCGACAAGGGUGUGGACUAGCAGGAGGACAUGGGAGGACGAGCAGCUAUACCUGGUCCAUGAUCAGGGCACCGGUCUUCCUACUACUCUGGUCGUCAAGAAGUUCCAGAGCGUGAACCCAGCUCUACAAGUGCACGACAGUGUCAAGUACCGCUACAAUUCGGAGAUGUUCCUGUUAGCCAGCAAUUCUCACGACAACAUCAUCAAAGUCGUAGACCUCAUCCAGCGGGAAGACGCGAUCAUGCUCGUUUACGAGUAUCCGGUGAAUGGCAGCCUUCAAUCCUGGCUGCACCGGCCGGUGGAGAUCGGUCGACCUCUAGGCUGGCCGGAGAGGAGGGCCAUCGCCAUCGGCGUGGCCAAAGGGCUCCGCCACUUGCACCAUGGAUGCAAUAAGCCGAUUGUCCACCACAACAUCAGCCUUGAAAACAUCUUGCUUGAUCAGAAUUUCAAGGCCGUGAUAGCCAGUUUCGGCGAUGCGCAGAUGAACAUGGCUGGGCUCGGCCAGCCGUUGCCGAUCACGGACCUGCCUCCUGGUAACUUCGGAUACGCAGCUCCAGAGUAUGGGAGAGCGACGAAUCAGGUGAGUGAGAAGGCAGACAUAUACAGCUUUGGAGUGCUGCUGCUAGUACUAGUAACGGGGCGGGUGGCCAAUGGACCUGGAGUGAAUGGUCUAUUGGCAACUUGGGCACUGAAGAACUGCAAUGAACUGAUGGCAAACAAUCUGAAAAUGUUCAAGAUUACUGUGGACAAGGGCAUCCCUAGUCAAGCGCGAUACAUGAAGGAGAUGGCGACCAUGUUCAGGCUGGGCGUGGAUUGCACCGUCAGGGAUCCACAGGAAAGGCCUUCAAUGCUGAAGGUUCUGGAACGACUCUGCCGUGGGCGUUCUCCAUUCCGUGGCCUCCUCACCUUCUAA